AUGACUCGUCAACGUUGUUGUUCGACGUUGGGCCUCUUGGCGUUGGCCCUAAUGCAAAUAUUUGCAUGCUGUCGGGCUGGAGUAGGAGGCAAAUAUACCGUCAUCGCUCCCGGUACCAUACACUCCAAUGACAAAUACACGGCAGCUGUGGCCGUACAUCACGUGGACUCUGCAUGCCAAAUACAGGUGGGCAUUACUGGUCCCUCAUUUAAGGAAAGUAAAAUUGUUGAGGUCACAGGUUCGGAAAUAAAAGAAGUUGAGUUCGCAGUGCCCACCUUGGCUAAGGGUAAAUACAAUCUAACAGCCGAGGGUAUUAAUUGUCUGGAGAAUUUUAAAAAUUCCACUCGAUUAAAUUAUGCCAAAUUUAACACCUACGUUUGGAUCCAAACCGACAAGGGUCUGUAUAAACCUGGAGAUACCAUCAAUUAUCGGGUAUUGUUUUUGGAUAAGGCCUUGAAACCAGCUGUGCCGGAGAAGAACACCGUCGUCUGGUUGGAGGAUGGUAAACAAAAUCGCAUUAAAGAAUUGAAAAUUUCCAAAGUGGUCAAGGGGGUGCAUACGGGCCAAUUUAAAAUUUCCGAAUUUCCGGUGAUGGGUAAAUGGCGUGUGGUGGUGUCUAGCAAGGGCCAAGAUGACCAAUCCGUGUACUUUGAGGUGCAGAAAUAUGUCCUGCCGAAAUAUGUGGUGAAGGCUGAGGCUCCGGAGUCGGUGUCGGUUAAGGAUGGAGAUAUGCAGGUUAUUGUUCGGGCUAACUACACCUAUGGCAAGCCUUUGAAUGGCAAAGUCACGGUCACCGUAUGGGUGUACGUCCCCCGUUUCUAUUAUGAAGAAGAAAUAAUUCCAAGCAUUAGCCGCACCGGAUAUAUGAUCCAAGGCAAGGCUAAAAUUGAUCUGAAUAUCAAGGAGCUGGAGCCCUACGUGCAGAGCACAUUUUCAUCUCCCACCUCUGGUUUUAUUGAUGCCACCGUCGAAGAAGAAAUCACGGGGGUGAAUGUCAACACCACCACCCGUACCGAAAUCUACCCAUACCGAUAUGCCAUGCGUUGUGUCGAUGAGGAGGAAUGCAGAUCCUUUGAGCCGGAUAAGGAAAAGGAAGUCAUGAUUCAGUUGAACUACGUGGACGGUUCGCAUUUGAAGGACACGAAGACCCCAGUGGAAUUGGUAUACACCGAGAUUUUAGACUAUUGGAAUAUUGGCGACGAAGAUGAGGAUCAGGAAGAUGAGGAUGAGGAAGAUGAGGAUCAGGAAGAUGAGGAUCAGGAAGAUGAGGAUCAGGAAGAUGUGGCAACGACCCAAAUCCCACCGAUUUCGGGAAAUCUCAGCUACAGUUUCAAAGGUUUUAUGAAUGAAACGGGUUUUGCGACAUUCAAGGUGAAGCUAAGCGAUCUGAAGCAAUAUAAGGACUACGCCCAUUACUUUGACAUGGAGGUCAUAUAUCGGGAUGAAAAACAUUUUGUCAGUAGAGCCUCUCAAUAUCGGUAUGAAAAUGGUAUUGUCAAUAGUGCCUAUCAAUAUCUUAAUAAGGAGCUGAACGACGAAUGGUUUAUAAUUGAGGAUAAAUCUGACAAUAACGAUGCCAAAUUAUUCCAGGCCGAACAUUUCACAGUGAAGUCCAGCAAACCCCUGCCCUAUUUGGAUUAUAAUGUUAUUGCUCGGGGUAAUAUUGUCAAGACGGGACAUAUCGAUUUACCUCAGAAGCCCAUGGUGCACAAUAUCACCAUCAUUCCGGAAUUGGUGUAUUCUCCUAGCUUCGCGAUUUAUAUUUAUUAUAUUGAUGAGCAGGGUGAAUACCAUUAUGCGGAGCGUGCCUGCUUCAUUGAUUAUGAAUUGGAAAAUAAGAUCAGCAUCACUGCUGCUGACCAGGUCAAACCCGGCCAGGAAGUCACUUUGAAAAUUAAAACUGCCCCCAACUCGUUUGUGGGCCUCAUGGCGGUGGAUCAAAGUGUCCUGCUAUUGAGAUCAAACAAUGAUAUUCGUGACAAUGAAUUAAGCUGGACUGUGAAUUCCUAUUACACCAGCACCCCUCUUCAGGGUGGCAAGUUUUAUCAUCCUGGUGACAUAUCAGGUUGUGUUACCCUGACAAAUGGUGAUUAUUUCUAUGAUUGGACCGCCGAAAGAAAUUCUACAGCACACAAUGUCCAGCAAAAUGCACCACCACCAACCCAUAACCCUGGCGCUGAAGCUGGACUCAUACAGGUUCGCAAAGAUUUUGCAGAGACCUGGAUAUUUGACAAUAUUGAAAACACUGACAAGGAAGAAUUUACCUGGUCCAAGAAAAUCCCCGAUACCAUUACCUCAUGGGUGUUGACCGGCUUCGCUAUGAACAGUGAAAAGGGUUUGGCGGUGACUGGUGAAGAAACAAAGAUUAUCACCUUCCAGCCAUUUUUCAUUUCCAUACGGCUGCCAUAUUCGGUUAAGAGAGGUGAGAUCAUCAACAUCCCCACCCUGGUCUUCAAUUAUUUGGGCAAAACCCUCGAUGUUGAGGUCACCUUGGAUAAUAGCGACAAUGAAUUUGAGUUUACCGAAAUCACCAACGAAAUAAUUGGCGACCAAUCACGUACGAAGAUGGUUCGAGUACCUGCAAUGGGUGCCGCCGGAGUUGCCUUUAUGAUCCGCCCAAAAGUUUUGGGUAAUAUCAUGUUGAAGUACACCGCCAUUUCUCCAGUGGCCGGUGAUGCCGUCCACAAAUCGAUGAAGGUUGUACCCGAAGGCGUUACCAAAUAUGGUAAUCGGGCCUUCUUCGUCAAUCUCAACAAGGGAGCGGAAAUGAAAUCGUCCUUCGAAUUGGAAUUACCUGCGGAUAUUAUACCCGAUUCGCUACAUGUUGAGGUCGGGGUUGUGGGUGAUAUUUUGGGUCCUGUCGCCAAUAAUCUCGAUAAUUUGUUACGCCUACCCAAGAAGGGCGGGGAACAGACCAUGUCCACUUUGCUGCCGAGUUAUUUGUUUAUGAAAUAUUUGGAUAACACCAAACGCCUGACCAGCUUUAUGGAAAUGAAGUUACGUUACCUCAUGGAUACUGGCUACCAACAGAUGCUCAACUAUCUACAUCCGGAUGGCUCCUUUAGCUCGUUUGGACCCGAUAAAGAGGAUUAUGGUUCUACCUGGCUGACAGCCUAUGUGGCCAGGUCCCUAAUACAAUUGCAGGACUACAUCAAGGUUGAUCCGAAAAUCAUUGAAGAAUCCUUGGAAUACCUGGUCGACCAACAGGACGAAAAUGGCGAAUUUACCGAAGAAUCUGAAGACUUCUUCUAUGUGGCUCAAGCCAAUCACGUGUCCCUCACAAGUUCGGUCCUCUUGGCCCUAUUGGAAAAUACGACGUAUGCUGAGAAAUAUUCUCAAGAAAUCACAAAGGGUUUGGAGUUCAUUAACGAGAAUUCGACGAAAUCGGAAUCCCUUCAUGCCCUUGCAAUUGCCACCUAUACCUUGGAUAGGGCCAACCACGCCAUGGCUCGGGAAAAGUUGACAAAAUUGAAUUCUUUGGCCGUAACUGAUGGCGAUCAUAAAUGGUGGUCCAAUGGACCACUAAAGUUUUUUGUCAAUAGCAUUGAUGUGGAAAUUAGCUCCUAUGCCCUGCUAACCCUGCUCAAUCAACCCUCACCCAAUAUGGAUGAAAUUCUGCCGAUAAUUAGAUGGCUUAUUGCCCAGCGUAAUGGCUAUGGUGGUUUUAUCUCCACCCAGGACACUGUGUUGGGUCUACAGGCUCUCAUAAAAUUCGCCAAAUUAGCUGACUAUAAACCGGCAGAAAUGGUCGUGGACAUAGCCUCCAAGGGUGCCGACAAAGAGAAACAGGAAACCUUCAAACUCACAAAGAAAAAUGGUAUUCUCUAUCAAAAUGUGGAGAUGCCCGAUAAAACCAAAUCCGUGCAGUUCUCAGCCAAGGGUAGUGGCGCGGCCAUGGUCCAAAUUGCCUAUCAAUAUAAUAUCCUGGAAAAGGAACAGCCCAGUUUUGAGAUUACCACCGAAAAACAAAAGACUGACCAAAAAUCCGCUCUCCUAAUGAAUGUCUGUGUGGUAUAUAAGGGUGAGGGUGAAGCUUCGAAUAUGGCGGUGUUGGAAAUUAAUACCCCCUCGGGAUAUGUUGUAGAAGAUCAAAGUCUGCCUAUUAUCGAGGAGGUUGAGAAUGUUAGUUACGUUGAAUUGAAAAAUUUCAAGUCGUUGCUGGUGAUCUACUUCGACCAUUUGUAUAAGGAUGAAAAGACCUGCAUUAUGUACGAGGCCAAUCGUGACCAUGCUGUUGCCAUGCAAAAACCUGCUGUCAUUCGGGUCUACGAUUAUUACGAUUUGAAUAAGAAGGCAACCGAGUUUUAUGAAAUUGAAUCGAAACUCUGUGAUAUUUGUGAUGGCGAAGAGGAGUGCAGUAAAUGCAAAUAA